GUCCAGGUUUGGAAAGAGAACUACUGCUUUCAGGACACGAUUACAAGUUGCCUGAAUGUUGAGAGCUCUAACUUUUUCGUGUAUGUUCUGCCAGCAGUAGGAGAGUGGAGGAGAAGCCUGAAAGCUGGAAAUGGCCGCAGCUGGGAAUGACCGCUCUUUCCAUGUUUGUUCCCCCUACGCACAGCAGAAGUACAGCAACAUCUCCUGUUUCUGGGAAAAACAACCAUCAGGCUGCUUGAGGAUCAGUUGCGCCUUCCAUCAUAGCAAACCUCGCAGCAUAAAUGGACUUUUUUUGCCGCCGAGUAACAAUGCCCCAUUGCAACAAGGUGUCCAAGAAGGGAUUCCGCACCCAGCCCAUGGUCAAGAGUCACUCAGAAAUCAAAAGAAUAUUUUACGACCAAUUCACCCUCCACUGACUAUACACCUCAACGAUGAAGACGACGAUGAGGACGAUGAUGAAGAGGAGGAGAACGGUGCUCCUGACUGGGUGCCUCAGACUGCUGCAGACCUUGAAGAGGAAAGAGCAAUAAAGGAAAUAUGCUAUCAAUCUGGAGAGUAUUACGGGAUUCAGUACCCUCAGGAACACCAAUCAACAAAAACUGUGUCUUCACCUCGGGAAAAUGAGCUACUACCCUGGGAAGCUACCGAGCGAGACUUGCAGGCAGGCGACGGUGAUACAAUUCCUACAACAUUUAAGAAUGCAAAAGGAGAAGGAGAGAGCUCAGGAACGACAGUACCAGCAGAGACCAUUCCCAGAACAGAUCGUGGAUCCUUUGAAAACGGAGGAACCAAUCGCAUGGAGCGGGUAAAGAACUAUCCCGGUAAAGAAGCAAAGGAGAAGCAAUGGGUUUCCGAGGAAGAAAGAAUUCACACUCCAGACCCCAAAGCAAAACCACGUCGCCAACAAAGGGGUCAAACAGUACCUGAGCCGUAUGCUGGGAAACGCUCCAAACCAAAGAAUCAGCUUGACGCAAAUAGAAGAUUUUGGACCCAAACCGAAAGCUAUGAGCCAAGAAGACAUGGAAGUGAACAGGAAAGGAGAGCGAUACAUAGACAGGAGAAAGAGAUGAAGCCAGUUCUUCGACUUACAAGAGCAAUCGAAAUUGAAAUGUGGAAAUUAUCAGCCGGAAAAUCCAAAGAGGACACAAUUGCAAAUUCCAAAAAUAAGAUGCAGGAAGUACACGACAAUGUUUCAAAACUGAUUGAAAACACAAAAUAUACGUUCUGUGUGAUCACAGAUCCACUAAGCUCUUCCAUCCAGAACCCAAACACCCAGGGGAGAAAGUCACCCAGCCGACACACAGCAGUAGCUGCUGCUCCUGCUGCUGCUGCUGCUGCUGCUGCUACUAAAACCGGGAAACACGACCCGCAGGCCCACAGCCAGACAGCUGUGGCACUGGACAUCAUGGAAGCAAGAAAAAGCAAUGAACCCCAACAACGUCGGCCGUUAACAGCUAGCAGUGUACUAACACGAAGCAGCAAGUUUCUCCAUCCAAAGAAAGAGGUGCUGCAAGAAAAACAUGGGCCAACAGGAUUUUGGUUGAAAACCUAG